AUGUCGAUCACGGCAAGACGACCCUGGUCGAUGGUCUGCUGCGCCAGAGCGGCACGGUGCGGGCGAACCAGCCGAUGCAGGAGCGCGCCAUGGAUAGCGGCGAGCUCGAACGAGAACGCGGCAUCACGAUCCUGGCCAAGUGCACCGCGAUCGACUGGCACGGUGUGCGCAUCAACAUCGUCGACACCCCCCGGCCACGCGGACUUCGGCGGCGAGGUCGAACGGGUGCUCGGCAUGGUCGACGGGGUGCUCGUCCUCGUGGACGCAGCCGAGGGCCCGAUGCCUCAGACCAAAUUCGUCGUGGACAAGGCGCUCAGGCUCGGCCUGCGGCCCAUCGUUGCGAUCAGCAAGAUGGAUCGAGCGGAUGCCAGGCCCAAGACCGUGCACGAGGCGGUCUUCGAUCUGUUCGACGCUUGGGAGCGACCAACGAGCAGCUCGACUUUCCGCUCGUGUACACCUCGGCGCGUGACGGCUGGGCCUCGCACGACCCGGCCGCCGCCGGGACCGACAUGA